AUGGUCUUUUUUGUUGAGCUUUUGCUUAUGUGGGCAAUUGGGCGUGUGCAGAGUACGACAGAUAUGCGCUACGCAAUACCCCAAGAGCUUCUCAUGGUGGUCGCUCUGGGAAGUUUCUAUCUUAUUCGCCUUGGGCUGCCGGAGGGAUGGGUGAACUUUUCAGUACUACGUCCUGAGGAGUGUAGUACGUGGAACCAGUACUUUGGCUGCGGCCUUCCGCCCCAUCAUUUUUUUUUGCUUUUCAUGACAGCAGUAGUGGUGAUGCAACGUUGUAUGCGAUAUAACAUUUCUGAGGUGCGUGCAACCAUUCCACAUGUGGAAGGUGCCGUUGAGCUUGGUGGGCUCCUGUGCAAGACGGCAAAAGAUGUGGAGGACUGCCAAAAGCUUCUCCGCUCAAAUAUCGAAAAUGUGUUGCCUGUCCCUUCACACGAUAUCAUACGAAAUACAAGAGCACUCUUUGAUCUUAUAAUUACUUUGUCGUGUGUGCUUCUACCAGCUGCGGUGAUUUCAUUUGUACAAGGCGUCAUGAUGGCAUCACUGCUAGGAGUCGUGGAAAAUGUUGUAUCACUCUUGGAUACUCACAUUUAUGCGCUACCUUGCAUGGUGUUGGCACAAAAUUUGACCCUUCUUUACGUUGUUUUUAUUCUUGACCUUUAUCCCCCAACUUGUGACGCGACUUCCACCAUCACCUCCAGUCAUGAUCCAUGCAGGGAACGUGAUGCUUUCGCCUGGCUUCAGUCCCUGGUCGCUGGGGAUCAUCAUUGGACAGGCGCUGACGCUAUUUUCGGCGGUGGUGCAGCAACACGUCUUCAGUGA